UCACACGCCUCUUUUACGCUAAAACGACACCACCUUCUCCUACAGUCCUAGCGGUCACCAUUUUACAGAAAUCACAAAUUCGUCUUUUCCUCCUUCCUCUUUCUUUGCCUGCAUAUCAACAUCGUUGAUAUGCUUUUCUUACUGAAAUAAGAACAAAUUUUGAACAUGAAGGCUUUGGAGCAUUAAUACUACAAAUUCAUCCUCCUUAUGUUCUUUCAAUAAUUCUUGAUUUUUUUUUUGGGGGGUGAAAGUUGAAAAAGAAAGCUUUUUGUUGCCCUUUUGAGCCUUUAAAGGCGCAACUUUUUUCAGUUUUUGCAAGCAUUAAUGGAGGCUCUCAUUUGUAAUCAUCUGCUUUGGUAUCAGGUAGAUGAGUGAGAGUGUCUAAUGUUGAGGAACAGAUUGAGUGGCAAGCAAGGUUUCAUGGCGGACGAGCAGAGCUCUUUGUCUUUCCCUGCAAAACCCCUUUCAUCAUUCUUGGGUUCUCCGAGAAUCUUCAAUGGGUUUUGGAAUCGUUGUCGGUCUGAUGCUGAAAAUAGCUUGAGUAUGAGCCCAACAUCCAUUCCUGAUGGCAAACUUUUUCUCAAUUUUGGUCACCCUUUUGGGUUUGAUAGAACCCUAAACCCCUCCCCAACCCCAAUCCCAAACCCUAGCAUAGAUAAGAAGGUAAUAGAUUCAGGAGUUGGACUCGCUCUCAUCAACUCACUGAGUCAUGACAAGAAUGUUCUUGAUUCUUCUCAGGUGGCUAAUAACAGUAGAAUGGUCCUGUUUGGAUCAAACCUUAAGGUUCAAAUCCCUUCUCCCCCUACCUUAGCACUUUCCCCUAUGGGCUCCCCGAAAUCUCCAGCUGAUUUUGGAAUCAAAACCCCCAGGACCACACAAUUCUUGGGCUAUUGUCUUCAGCCCAAAGAAUCCCCUCCUCCUAAGGCUAAGGCCGAGGAGCUUUCCCUGAGUGAGAUGGAGCUUUCUGAGGACUAUACAUGUGUGAUCACUCAUGGACCUAAUCCGAAAACCACCCAUGUAUUCGAUGACUGCAUUGUGGAAAGCUGCUGUGGUAUUGUUAGGUUGUCCGAGCUGAAAAAAGAAAACGGCUUUUCAUCUGAUCACUUGACCUCUCCUACAAUGAAUUCUCUGAGCUUUUGCCACACCUGCAAGAUCAAGCUUGGACAAGGCAAAGAUAUCUACAUGUAUAGGGGUGAAAAGUCAUUUUGCAGCUAUGAGUGCCUCUGCCAAGAAAUGGUGUCAGAAGGAAUAGAGAACCUGUAGAUUAUGGAUGAAUCCUCAACAAUUUUUGCUUUCAAUGGGGCUUAGCAUCUUUUGAGGAUUGAUGCGAAUAAGUUUCACUUUCACCAGGUUUUUACUUGUGAUCAGCGGAUAGAUGUCUUAAUAUAGAUCAAGAAUUGUUCUACUUGGUCUUGUAUGAUAUGAGAUUUGUUUUCUUAUGACUCUCUGUUUUUUUUUUUUUUCUUUUUUUUUUUUUUUGAGUUUAUUUAUUGCCCAUCCUCUUUCCACCUGAAUAUAAUCAUAUAUAAUGGAUAGGGUGAAGGGUCAUAUGAUGUAAAUCUUUGUUUUAGUGUGAUUGAUUCCCUGGCUCUAUUAUA